AUGGAGGAAAAGACUUCUGUUUUUCGAAACUCGGAGCCUAGUUUUUCUAUCAGUUUCUCGAGCGCAAGCAUUGACCUUGGCUUGCGCCUUCCAUACGCUGACACCAUCCCGGAUGACCAGGCGCUGGACGAAAGAACAUCUCGGAGUAUUCCUGACAAGUACUACGCCAAAUAUGCUGGCGAGACCCCUGAUGGUGGGCUCAAAGCUUGGUCAGUUAUCGUGGCGUAUGUGUUUUUGAUAUACUUUGGGUAUGUCAAUACGUGGGGUAUAUUUCAAGAUUAUUACGAGCGGGUGCUUUUAUCCGACAGCAGUCCAUCUGCUAUAGCAUGGAUAGGAUCAGUGCAGAUUACAUUCAUUUUUCUGCCUGCACUCGUGACAGGAAGACUUUUCGACUUGGGAUAUUUCAAGAUCCCCUAUCUCAUUGCUAGUUGUGGACUUAUAGUGUGCACUUUCCUCACGGCAGAAUGCACCCAGUAUUGGCAAUUUUUUCUCGUACAGGGCCUCUUAACGGGUCUGUUCAGCGGGAUCAUACUUCCACAAGCCCUUAGUGUUGUGUCUCAUUGGUUUUGCAAGAAGAAAGGGAUGGCCCUUGGCAUCGUGUCCAUUGGCACGUCGCUCGGGGGAACAAUGUUCCCUAUCGCAGGUCAAAACCUUAUACCUGUUGUGGGGUUCAAGUGGACUGUUCGCGUGUUCGGAUUUAUGAUGCUUGUCGCCCUCGGAAUCGCCAGUCUUGCUAUAGAUAGACGACUCCCCCCUGUGAACGUCAAAGGUGGACUCUUCAACUUGUCCGCAUUUCGAAACCCGGCAUAUACUAUCUAUUGCAUUGCUGGCGUCGCUUGUCCCCUCGGACUAUAUACCACAUUGACCUAUUUACCCGUUAGUGCUUCGGCGGUGGGCGUGUCGAACAACAACAACUUUACAUUCUACCUCACCGCGAUCUCAAACGCAGCGUCCGGGGUGGGUCGGUUGUCUGCUGGCUUGCUCGCAGAUUACAUCGGCCCUCUCAAUGUCAUGAUACCACUUACAAGUCUGGUUGGUGUUCUCACCUUCGUUUGGCCAUACGCUUCGAGCCAAGGGCAGCUGAUUGCCAUAUCAGUGAUAUACGGCAUCGCUUGUGGGACAUAUGUCUCCGUCUUCGUCGUCCCACCUAUGGCAAUGGGCGACGUGGGUGACGUGGGCCGACGCGUAGGGAUGUUUUUGUCAAUCUCGUCCCUUGGUGCGUUGGCGGGUACGCCGAUAUCAGGUGCGAUCAACGCUCGGACCGGGGGUUUCCAAGGUCCAGGGUUCUACGCCGGUGGCGUGGUCUUAUUUUCAGUUUUGCUGCUCCUUGUGGUACGACAUCUCCAACUUGGACGGUUAUACGGGAAGUGUUAGUGUCCUUUGGGCGCCGCAAGCUCCUGCACCGUGCUCAUUGUGGACGACUUGACGUGAUAUGGUGGUCACAUAUGGCUGAUAUACGAUAUGGUUCGCCGUGCUGACACAGAUCUCUUGGGGUUGAACAAGCGUGACUUCCAUCGUUGGUGUGCACAAGUGUACAUGUACAUCGUUUGAUGUGUACAUACGCUGUUUUGCUGCUCGUCUAUGAUGAGUCUCUGGCACUGAAAGAACAGAAAAGCCAAACUCUUCGACGAUUCCUAACAGUAACCCUCAACGUCUUCUCCAUUCGAAGCGGUUCACAAAAUCCGGG